AGUAAAUAUGUAAUAUAAAAGAGGCUGAGCCAUAGCAUAAGUCUAGUUAGUAUUUAUAACUUGAAUUUAAAAUGUGAUGAUUAAAAUCUAGGUUCAAAUAUUAAGUUCCUUUUUUUCCUGGAAGGAUUUCCAUGACAUAGUUUGAAAAAAAAGCAAUUUCAUUUUUCAUUAGGUUCAAAUUUUGGGGAAUGAUGGGAGAGGAGGAGAUGGGAAAUGAUUGAUUAAUCUGUAUAAAAAUAGGCCCCAUGCUGGGAUUUUUCCUUUUGCACUAAUUCUGUGUGACAUCUGAGCCAAAAAAAUACAUAAAACCCAUGCCAUAUGUGCUGAGCCUGCUGGUGCUUAUUUUGAAACGCAUGAAGAGUUGACCCAGAUUAUAUUUUGCAGCUUUAUUUUUAUUUUAAUGCCACUUUAAUUUCUACUUCUUCUGGCAUAUUCUCUUCUUUCCUUCUGUUUUCCCUGGAAAGAACGUGGCAUGUGCACCAAGGACUAUACCAAGUCACUUGAAUGAAAAAAAGGAGCAGGGGGGUAGCAUUUGUAGGAUGUGGUUUAAAAUGAGGUCUUGAGAGGCUGGCAACUUGGAAUCAAUGUAUGUUCAUACAUGCUGAAUAUGUUUAGCUAAACAUAAUUUCAGAUGCAAUAUCACUCAGAUGGCCUAGCUAGAAUAAGCCUUCUAUUUUAAAGUUGCAAUGGAACAAUUAAAUCCUUAGCAAUAUCCCCACUAGCAUGGUGACCUUUUACUUAUAUUCUGCUAGUCUGUGAACAAAAUAAUGCCCCACUUUCUAUUCCAUUGUUAUUAGUCACGCAUGCACAUGCUCUGAUGGCGCACAGUUCAUCAGUUGUUUGCUGGUACCUGGUGCUUCUGUCAUGAUAUUUGGGUCAUAUCUGGGGAGCUUUCUGAGGUCUCAGUUGACAUUUCUAUUUGUUGCAUCCUUUUCCUUCAGGAGAGUUUGUGGCACUUUCAGAGGAAGGGAUGCUUCCUUGUCUUACAUGGCAGCAACAUUAUUCAGGGAAACUGGAUCUUCCUGAGUGUUUGGCUUCUUGUACUCAUCUCUGAGGUUGAGAGAGGCAGGCUCUGUGAGCCUCUGCCAGGAAGAUCUGAUUUCUGCCGAGACUACUGGCGGGCCUGACUUUUCUUGAAAGAUGAAGGCUAUGCCUGUAUCCGAUACUGGGUUACUGCCUGACAUCCAAUGCCUUUUCCCUCAUCGUUAGAGGAAGAAGUGAAAGAUCCAAGCCAUGAGCUUAGAAGCACUAGUGCAUAGAGGGCAAUGGUUUAGAAUCUGCAGAUUGCGCCAUAGCCUCCUAUACUGCCCAGCCCAGAGAACCAGGGACAGUAAAGGGAUUUUUCCCAUGCAAUACUGGGUCAUUCUCAAGUUUUGGAUAAGAUUCUCCAACUCAGCAUUUCCACCCUUCCUUUUCUUCUCAGUCUCAGCUACCAUUUAAAAGAACUGAACCUGGUAAUGCUACUCAUUUGUUUUUUUAAACGAAUGUUUAUUAAUGUGCUAGGCAGUGACCAGGCACUGGGUACAACAAUAAACUAGGGGAUCCCUGUACAUUGUGAUAUGCUUCAGGAGGAAGCAUAGUGUCCAGUGGGAGCCCAGAGGAUGAGCAUGUUACCUAGACUCUGGGGUCUUGGAAGGGUCCCAGGAAAUGUAAUGCAAUAUUGAUACUUAUAAAGGGUAAAACUGUAUUUUUAAGGCAAAGACAGUUAGGGAUUUGAACUUUACAUGCAAUCAUUGUUAACUUAAAUACUAUGUAUGCCCUUAGAGGCAGUGUUUUUUUUAAAUUCUAUUGUUAUGGUAACCAUGUUAUAUUUAAUAAUAAUUUUUUAGAUGGCUCUUUUCUCUACUAGAAUGUGAACCUCUCUAGGAAUAAGAUCAUGUUUUCUUUUUUCUUUCUUUUCUUCUUUUCUUUUCUUCUCUCUUUAUUUCUCUCUGACAAGCACUGUAUUAACUUUUGUUUUAAAUUCAGUUUUGCUGCUUCCCUGAUUUCUUUAUAAAUACUACAUAUAAUGUGAUGCAUAAAGAGAAAGUAUGUGACAUAUGCGUGAGCUGGGUAGAAUAAUAAUAAAGCAAAACUUGUGAUUUCACCUUCCACUUUAAGAUUUACCACCAGGGAACCUGCCUGCACACUCCUCCCAGAUCCUAUUCUCUGACUCCCCCAGGGGUAACCACUGUUCUGAAAUGUGUGUUUUAACAUUUCCUUGCACUUUAAAAAUAAUGUUACCAGCUUAGAUAUGUGCUCUUUACAAUAUGUUGGGGGGUAUUUUCAAAACUACUGUUUCCAAAGCCUGCUUAUUCCCUUGUUUUUACGGCCAUGCAAACACUCUUUGAUGGUCCUAAAAAGAGUGGCCUUGAUUUAUUUUUCGUAAUACUCUGGUUUGCUUUUCCAUUUUAUUUUGGUUUUUCACAGAACAUUGUGGGCUGCAGAGGGAAGGGGUGGAGAAAGUAGAGAACACUGAGUACACUUGAAUUUAAAAGUUAACUUGUGUAGGGGGGUGGGGCAGAGUAGCUGGGCAAGCAAAGGGUUGGCCUGGGAACAUGUGCUUUGUGCCAGAUGUCACUGAGAGUGAGAUCCUGGGGAAGGUUCCACUAAAGGAGUCCAAGGAAAUGCAGAGCAUAAUUUGUGAGCAGAGCAAAAUCCAAUCGUAGUGAAGCUGAUUUUAGCUCCUCGAGCAGCACAGGCAGCAUUUCCGCUCCUGAGGUCCAUAUGUCGACUGCGGGAAGCAAGCGGUCUUCUUCUUCACGCAAUCGAGGUCCUCAUGGGCGGAAUAAUGGAGCUUCGUCACACAAGCCUGGCAGCAACCCAUCAUCCCCGCGGGAAAAGGACCUUCUGUCCAUGCUGUGCAGGAAUCAGCUGAGCCCUGUCAAUAUCCAUCCCAGUUAUGCACCCUCUUCCCCAAGCAGUAGCAACUCAGGCUCCUACAAAGGAAGCGACUGUAGCCCCAUCAUGAGGCGUUCUGGAAGGUACAUGUCUUGCGGUGAAAAUCAUGGUGUCAGACCCCCAAACCCAGAGCAGUAUUUGACUCCACUGCAGCAGAAAGAGGUGACAGUGAGACACCUCAAAACCAAGCUGAAGGAAUCUGAGCGCCGACUCCAUGAAAGGGAAAGUGAAAUCGUGGAGCUUAAGUCCCAGCUGGCCCGCAUGCGAGAGGACUGGAUUGAAGAGGAGUGUCACCGGGUAGAGGCCCAGUUGGCACUCAAAGAAGCCAGGAAAGAGAUUAAACAGCUCAAACAGGUCAUCGAAACCAUGCGGAGCAGCUUGGCUGAUAAAGAUAAAGGCAUUCAGAAAUACUUUGUGGACAUAAACAUCCAAAACAAGAAGCUGGAGUCUCUCCUUCAGAGCAUGGAGAUGGCACACAGUGGCUCUCUGAGGGAUGAACUGUGCCUAGACUUUCCAUGUGAUUCCCCAGAGAAGAGCUUAACCCUCAACCCCCCUCUUGACACAAUGGCAGAUGGGUUAUCUCUGGAAGAGCAGGUCACCGGGGAAGGGGCUGACAGGGAGAUACUGGUAGGAGAUAGCAUAGCCGACGGCACAGAUUUGUUUGAUGAGAUGGUAACAGCCACCACCACAGAAUCUGGUGACCUGGAGCUUGUGCAUUCCACCCCUGGGGCUAACGUCCUGGAGCUGCUGCCCAUGGUCAUGGGUCAGGAGGAGGGCAGUGUGGUGGUGGAGCGAGCCGUUCAGACCGACGUGGUGCCCUACAGCCCAGCCAUCUCGGAGCUCAUUCAGAAUGUGCUGCAGAAGCUCCAGGACCCCUGUCCCUCGAGCUUGGCGUCCCCUGAUGAGUCUGAACCAGACUCGAUGGAGAGCUUCCCAGAGUCCCUCUCUGCCUUAGUGGUUGAUUUAACUCCAAGAAAUCCAAACUCAGCCAUCCUUUUGUCUCCCGUGGAGACCCCGUACGCCAAUGUGGAUGCAGAAGUUCAUGCAAACCGCCUCAUGAGAGAGCUAGAUUUUGCAGCCUGCGUGGAAGAGAGGUUGGAUGGUGUCAUCCCACUGGCUCGCGGGGGCGUCGUGAGGCAGUACUGGAGCAGCAGCUUCCUGGUGGAUCUCCUGGCUGUGGCUGCCCCCGUGGUCCCCACGGUUCUGUGGGCAUUCAGUACUCAGAGAGGAGGAACAGAUCCUGUCUAUAACAUCGGGGCCUUGCUCAGGGGCUGUUGCGUGGUUGCCCUGCAUUCGCUCCGCCGCACCGCCUUCCAUAUCAAAACUAAAUAGAAGUUGUUGUUACCGUGUGCCAAUGUGUCCCAUGUGGGUUGUGCCAGGUAGAGAAACAGGAGGUCAAUCUGUGACGGUCUCUAUUCUGUCGUUUUGCUCCUUGAUAUUUGAUUUGCACUAUAUUUAGUUGAAGCCUGUUCACUGUUUAAAACCGGAGGUAUCUUCAAAGGCAUGGAGACCUGGUUCCAGUAAAUGUCCCACCAGUGGGGUAUAGAAAGCAUGCUCAUGACCCUGCCGUGUCGUCUGAGGUACCCGUUCUUAUCCUAGUGGUUCAGGAAGAGAAAAUGCAGUUUGCACUUUCAAGACAGCUUCUCUAAGGCUGGCAUGUUAUCUCCUUGCUUUGCUUUGUGCCGUUUUAAAAUGUGUAAUUGUUCCAGCAUUCCAAUGGUCUUGUGCAUAGCAGGGGACUGUAACCAAAAAUAAACAUGUAUUUGUGUAAUUGGUUUGAAGAAGUCUUGAAUAGCUCUUUAGUGUCUUACUUGGGGUUGAUAAGAUUUGAGUGUUUGCAAUUUUUUACUAAAUGUAGCUCCAAAGUCUUAAAUGGCUUGUUUGUUCUUAAACUGUUAAUUGAUGAAACUGUGCAUAAGUUUACAAUGUACUAACUUAUUUUGCUUAUUAUAUAUAGUGUUUUAUUGGAAAUUGUAACCACACACUUCAGCAUGAUGAAAAUAAAGAUUAGUGUUUCCAUUUAAAUAAAUGUUUUAUCCUCCUAUAAAAUAAU